AUGAUAGAGAGGCCUUUCUCUGCUUGUGAGUCUGAUGAGCAGCUGUCCACUACUGAGCUCGACGGACCAAUGUGUCAAUACAGCAUUAAGCAGCUUCAUAUGUUCAUCAGCAAAAAAGAAGAAGAAGAACCUACAAUCAAAAAAGCCAAGUUCGAUGGCCCCCAAGAAAAAUUCAACACAUAUGUGACCCUCAAAGUGCAGAAUGUGAAGAGCACCACAAUUGCAGUGCGGGGAAACCUUCCGUGUUGGGAGCAAGAUUUCAUGUUUGAGAUCAAUCGCUUGGACCUAGGUUUGACUGUGGAGGUAUGGAACAAAGGUCUCAUCUGGGACACCAUGGUAGGCACAGUUUGGAUUCCUCUACGCACAAUUCGGCAAUCCAAUGAGGAGGGCCCUGGGGAGUGGCUGACCCUUGACUCUCACGUCAUCAUGACCGACAAUGAGAUCUCUGGGACCAAGGACCCCACCUUCCAUCGCAUCCUCUUGGAUACCCGCUUUGAACUGCCACUCGAUAUUCCUGAGGAGGAAGCCCGCUAUUGGGCCAAAAAGCUGGAACAACUCAAUGCCAUGCGAGACCAAGAUGAUUAUUCGUUCCGGGAAGAGCAAGAGAAACCCCUUCCAGUGCCCGGCUCGCAGUGCUGCAACUGGAAUUAUUUUGGCUGGGGAGAUCAACAAAACGACGACCCCGACAGCACGGUGGACGACCGGGACAGUGACUACCGCAGUGAGACCAGCAACAGCAUUCCACCCCCAUACUACACAACCUCCCAGCCCAAUGCGUCAGUCCACCAGUACCCCAUGCGCCACCAGCAGCGAGCAUCCCACGACUCCUACCCGGAGAACUAUGAUUUGGACUAUUCGGAUCAUCGGCCGAUCAGCCCCACGGGAAGCAGCCGGUACGCCUCAUCAGCUGAGCUGAGCCAGGGCAGUUCCCAGCUUAGCGAUGACUUUGAUCCCGAAGACAUUAGUCUACAAGGCUCAGAGUUAGACGAGCGGGAUGGGGACUCCUAUCACUCCUGCCACAGCUCGGUGAGUUACCACAAAGACUGGGAUGAAGAGGAGGAGGAAGACGCCUCUCUAGAGGAGGACAAAUUCAGUGAUGAAUACAGUGAGAAUGAAGACUAUUACCCUGAGGAUGAGAUACCAGAAGCACAGCUACAGGAGACUCCACAAGUCUCUCCACCCCAGCAAAAGCCACAGCAGGCACAACCACCACCUCAGAAGCCACAACAAGCUCAGCCGCCCCCACAGCAGGUGCAACUAAAGCAGCAGCCACCACUGCAGAAGUCACAGCAAGUUCUGCCACCCCAGCAGGUGCAACUAAAGCAGCCACAGCCACUGCAGAAGUCACAGCAAGUUCCGCCACCUCAGCAGGUGCAACUAAAGCAGCAGCAGCAACAACAAAAGCCACAGCAAGUUCAGCCCCCAACCCAGGUGCAACAAAAGCAGCCGCCCGUGCAACUAAAACAGCAGCAGUCAUUGCAGCAAAAAGCACAGCAGCCGCCACAGCUGCCGCCUCAGCAACAAAUGCAACAGAAGCCACAGCCCUUGCAACAGCAGGAACAGAAAGGGGAGAAGGCAGAAGAAGCUCCUCCAGUGCCAAAGGAGGAGCUACCUGUGGAGGAGAUUCCAGCCAAGGAAAAAGAGCAAGAGGAAGAACUCCCCAAAACAGAGGAGAGGGAGAGAGAGCCGGAAAUCGUAGUGGACCCUAAAGCGCGAGCAAAAGCCAACUGGUUGCGAGCAUUCAACAAAAUCACCAUGCAACUUCAAGAGGCUCGAGGUGAAGGAUCUGGGGAAUCCAAAUCUCUGUGGUUUAAAGGCGGGCCUGGUGGAGGGCUGAUCAUAAUUGAUAGCAUGCCUGACAUACGCAAGAGAAAACCCAUCCCCCUAGUUAGUGAUUUGGCCAUGUCCUUGGUCCAGUCCAGGAAAGCUGGUAUCACGUCAGCACUCGCAUCAAGCACUUUAAACAAUGAAGAGCUAAAAAACCAUGUUUACAAGAAGACCCUUCAAGCCUUAAUCUACCCCAUCUCUUCCACAACCCCCCACAACUUUGAGGUGUGGACGGCCACCACCCCCACCUACUGCUACGAGUGUGAGGGCCUACUCUGGGGCAUUGCUCGCCAAGGGAUGCGAUGCACUGAGUGUGGGGUCAAAUGCCACGAGAAGUGCCAGGAUCUCCUCAACGCCGACUGCCUGCAAAGAGCAGCAGAGAAAAGUUCGAAGCAUGGAGCCGAGGACCGGACCCAGAAUAUCAUCAUGGUGCUGAAAGAUCGCAUGAAGAUCCGAGAACGCAAUAAGCCCGAGAUCUUUGAGUUGAUCCAGGAGAUCUUUGCAGUCUCCAAGACCACUCACACCCAGCAGAUGAAGGCUGUCAAGCAAAGUGUUUUGGACGGUACCUCCAAGUGGUCGGCCAAGAUCAGCAUCACAGUUGUUUGUGCGCAAGGCCUGCAGGCAAAGGACAAGACCGGCUCCAGUGAUCCAUAUGUCACCGUCCAGGUUGGGAAGACCAAAAAGAGAACGAAAACCAUCUAUGGCAACUUGAACCCGGUCUGGGAGGAGAACUUCCAUUUCGAAUGCCAUAACUCUUCUGACCGAAUCAAAGUUCGUGUCUGGGACGAAGAUGACGACAUCAAGUCCAGAGUCAAGCAGCGCUUCAAGAGAGAGUCCGAUGACUUUCUGGGCCAGACGAUUAUCGAAGUACGGACUCUGAGCGGGGAGAUGGAUGUCUGGUACAACCUCGACAAGCGGACAGACAAGUCAGCCGUGUCUGGUGCGAUCCGUUUGCACAUCAGCGUGGAGAUCAAAGGCGAGGAGAAAGUCGCACCAUACCAUGUGCAAUACACCUGCCUCCAUGAGAACCUCUUUCAUUUUGUGACGGACAUCCAAAACAACGGCGUGGUAAAAAUCCCAGAUGCCAAGGGCGACGACGCUUGGAAAGUUUACUUUGACGAGACAGCCCAAGAAAUUGUGGAUGAGUUUGCCAUGAGAUAUGGGGUUGAGUCCAUCUACCAGGCCAUGACGCACUUUGCGUGUCUCUCCUCCAAAUAUAUGUGCCCUGGGGUGCCGGCAGUUAUGAGCACCCUUUUGGCCAACAUCAAUGCUUACUAUGCUCACACCACUGCCUCCACCAACGUCUCUGCCUCUGACCGUUUUGCCGCUUCCAAUUUCGGGAAAGAACGGUUUGUCAAAUUGCUGGACCAGUUACACAAUUCCCUUCGGAUUGAUCUCUCCAUGUACCGGAAUAACUUCCCUGCCAGCAGCCCAGAACGGCUGCAAGACCUCAAAUCGACGGUGGACCUGCUGACCAGCAUCACCUUUUUCCGGAUGAAGGUCCAAGAACUCCAAAGCCCGCCACGAGCCAGUCAGGUGGUAAAAGACUGUGUGAAGGCCUGCCUCAACUCAACUUAUGAGUACAUCUUCAACAACUGCCACGAACUUUACAGCCGGGAGUAUCAGACUGAUCCGACCAAGAAGGGAGAAGUCCCUCCAGAGGAACAGGGGCCCAGCAUCAAAAAUCUGGAUUUCUGGUCCAAACUUAUCACUUUGAUAGUGUCGAUCAUCGAGGAAGACAAGAAUUCAUACACACCCUGCCUCAACCAGUUCCCUCAAGAACUGAAUGUUGGAAAGAUCAGUGCUGAAGUGAUGUGGAACCUUUUUGCUCAGGAUAUGAAAUAUGCAAUGGAAGAACAUGACAGGCAUCGUCUGUGCAAGAGUGCCGACUACAUGAAUUUGCACUUUAAGGUGAAGUGGCUAUAUAAUGAAUACGUCACUGACCUCCCUUCCUUCAAGACCCGGGUCCCCGAGUAUCCUGCAUGGUUUGAGCCUUUUGUCAUCCAGUGGCUGGACGAGAAUGAGGAAGUUUCACGAGAUUUCCUGCACGGAGCACUAGAGCGGGACAAGAAGGACGGGUUCCAGCAAACAUCGGAGCACGCCCUCUUCUCCUGCUCUGUGGUGGAUGUCUUCUCCCAGCUCAACCAGAGCUUUGAGAUCAUCAAGAAGUUGGAGUGCCCUGAUCCACAGAUCGUGGGCCACUACAUGCGCAGGUUUGCCAAGACCAUUAGCAACGUCUUGCUGCAGUAUGCUGAGAUCAUCUCUAAGGAUUUCGCCUCCUACUGCUCCAAAGAGAAGGAGAAAGUGCCCUGCAUCCUGAUGAACAACAUUCAGCAACUUCGUGUCCAGCUGGAGAAGAUGUUCGAGGCCAUGGGAGGAAAAGAGCUGGACACAGAAGCCAGUGACAUCCUCAAAGAGCUUCAGGUGAAAUUGAACAAUGUCUUGGAUGAGCUGAGCCGAGUGUUUGCCACCAGUUUUCAGCCACAUAUUGAGGAAUGUGUGAAGCAGAUGGGGGAUAUCCUGAGUCAGGUGAAGGGCACAGGAAAUGUUCCUGCCAGUGCCUGCAGCAGUGUAGCCCAGGAUGCUGACAACGUUUUGCAACCCAUAAUGGAUCUUCUGGACAGCAACCUGACCCUCUUUGCCAAGAUCUGUGAGAAGACGGUCUUGAAACGAGUGCUGAAGGAGCUUUGGAAGCUGGUCAUGAACACAAUGGAGAAGACCAUUGUCCUCCCCCCUCUCACUGACCAGACGAUGAUUGGGACACUCUUGCGAAAGCAUGGCAAGGGGACAGAGAAGAGCAGGGUGAAAAUCCCCAGUCACACUGAAGGUACGCAAAUGAUUUUCAACGCAGCCAAGGAGCUGGGGCAGCUGUCAAAGCUCAAGGACCACAUGGUGCGAGAGGAGGCCAAGAGUUUGACCCCCAAGCAAUGUGCCGUGGUAGAACUUGCCCUGGACACCAUCAAGCAAUAUUUCCAUGCUGGAGGUGUUGGGCUGAAGAAAACCUUCCUCGAGAAGAGCCCUGAUCUGCAGUCGCUACGCUACGCCCUCUCGCUUUACACACAGGCCACGGACCUGCUGAUCAAAACCUUUGUCCAGACUCAAUCCGCUCAGGUUCAUGGUGGAAAAGGUGUUAGGUUUACACUUAGUGAAGAAAUUUAUCCUGAAAAGGGGUCUGGAGUAGAUGAUCCCGUCGGAGAAGUCUCCAUCCAUGUAGAACUGUUCACCCACCCUGGCACAGGAGAACACAAAGUCACCGUCAAAGUGGUGGCUGCCAAUGAUCUCAAAUGGCAGACCUCAGGCAUCUUCCGUCCCUUCAUCGAGGUCAACAUCAUUGGGCCGCACCUCAGUGACAAGAAGAGGAAGUUUGCCACCAAAUCAAAGAACAACAGCUGGUCUCCCAAAUACAACGAAAGUAUACAGUUCACCCUGGGCACUGAGACAGGACCCGAGUGCUAUGAGCUGCAGGUGUGUGUAAAGGAUUACUGCUUUGCUCGGGAGGACCGCACAGUGGGCAUCGCCAUUCUCCAGCUGAAAGACAUCAUGCAAAGGGGCAGCUGUGCCUGCUGGCUACCUCUUGGGCGGCGCAUCCACAUGGACGACACGGGCCUGACAGUGCUGCGCAUCCUCUCCCAGCGCAACAACGACGAGGUGGCCAAGGAGUUUGUCAAGCUGAAGUCGGACACACGCUCAGCCGAGGAGGGUAGCAGCUAAGGCCCUUUCCCCCCUCCCCC